AUGUCUCGGCCUAGAUUUACUGGCGAGCCUGUCCCGCCAAGCCCCCCUGGGCCCACUCCCAAGUCUGAGUCCAAUCGCAACUUCACCGGCAAGGCGUGGGUCCGCAGGACGCGCCAAAGGGACGGGUUUAACUCGGCUGGCUCCGACUGGCCUAACAAGCCUGCCCCUCCCAAGUCGCCUCCCAUUUUCAAAAUGGUUCCCGGUAUGCCGCCUGUUGUGCCUAAGCAGCCUGUCCAGCUGAUGCACUACUACCCUUCGAAUCCUGUCGUUUAUCCUAACAUGGUUAUGAAGGACGACAAGACUGACAAGAAUCCUAAGCCGAAGUUCCCGCCUCCCACGUACAUGGGUCACAUGGUGGGCGUGCCUCCGCCCUCCUACGUGUCCCAGUUCGUGCCGAUGUCCAACGUUGGGGUGGACGCCAAGCCGCCAGUCCACGACAAGUACAGCAAGCCCGUGUUCCGGGGGCCAUACUACAAGGAGCCUCCCGUUCACGGCAUCAUUUAUAAGGACCCGCCCGUUCAUAACCCCGCCUACCUGGGUUAUGUAAACCUUUCUCAGGUCAAGGGCUUUGACAUGAAGAGGCCCAAGAGGAACUUCGAGACCAUGAGUGAGAUUUCGGACGAGCACGAAUCUGACUCGUCGGCCAAGGAGAAAUCGGACUCGCCGAACAUCGGCCCCUUGAGCACUUUUGACAUAAAGUUCUUCACGCCCUUCCUCCCGAAGGCGCCGGAGCGCUACAAGGCUGGCUAUGAGCUGCACGAGCUGAAGGCUUUUCUGCCCCUGGGCGUCAAGGCCUACGUCAAGAACAUGGCUCUCGACCCGAAGCUUUCUUCUGGAUUCGAGACAGGACCCGUCAGGAACGGAAAGCUCGUUCUCCUUCUCGACCUCGAUAACACACUGCUGCACACUGCCUCGCAGAGUAGGCUGGACAUGCUGGACAUUGACCCGGGCGACUUCGUGGACUGCCUGGGCGACCCCGAACUGUACAGGUUCACGCUCCCGAACUUUCCCAACAUCACCUACUACAUGAAGCUUCGGCCCUGCAUACGGGAGUUUUUGCAGAUUCUUUCGCUUUACUACGAAAUGUCGAUUUAUACGAACGCCACCAAGGAGUAUGCCGAUGUUGUCAUCAGCAUCCUCGACCCUGACAGGUCGCUUUUCAUGGACCGCAUCGUUGCCAGGAACAGCGUCGACGAGAAGGACUUGCUCAAGAGCGCCUCAAGGCUCUACCCCGACCUUGAUCCGAGAUUUAUCUUGGCCUUCGACGACAGGCGCGACGUCUGGUCUGACAUUCCUCACAAGCAGGUCGUCAGGGCCGAGCACUACGACUUUUUUGAGUCCUACUUGACUGAGCUCAACAAUAACUACACAAGUUCUGGAUCCGAUUUCAAUAAGGCGAACGGCGAAGGCUCCACCAACACUAGCGCUCCCGCUACUCAUCACCUCAAAUCUGGCAACGACUACACCUUCAACGUGGAGCAGUCUGAGAGUGAGCCUGAAUCCUCUCCCGAGAAGGUCCGCAUCGUCGACUACGACAGGCACCUAAAGUACAUGGUUCGCGUUUUCCUGGAGAUUCACAAGCGCUUUUUCGACGACCCCUUCAGGAACGACGUCGGCGCCAUUCUGGAGUCCUUGCAGAGCCAGGUUCUCCAGGGCCUCGGCGUCCUGCUCACCGGCUACCGGAAGAACGCCAAGGCCUCCAACUCAGUCCUCCACGCCGACUGCGAGCAGAGGCAGAAGGAGAACUUGGUUGAGAUGGGCGCCUCCGUGGUUCUGCGCCUGAACGACUCGAAGCUAACGCACAUUAUGGCCGGCAAGAACUGCACUGACAACAUCACCAAAAGCCGCGACUCUCAGUUCAACCACGUGCACAAGAUUCACACUCUCUGGCUCUACAGCUGCAGGGCCACUUUCACCAAGGUUGACGAGUCGCUCUUUGACGUCGACGAGGUCUGCAACAUUUACUCUAACGAGCCUCCUCAGCUCCCUAACAAGGACCACUGGAGGUUUUUGGCUUCUGCCACCAAGGCCGACCGGCUCUCCUCCGACUCUGGGUACGACUCUAAAGGCAAGGACGAGCUUCCGACGAGGAUUUUCAUGGGAACUGGAUCAUACAGCAACGGCACUGAGGUGUUUUCGUCCGUCGAACGCAUUGUCAUCAAGUGGGAUCCCAGCAAGACGAAGCUUCUGCAGAACUCGAUUCCGGACACCACCAAACACACCUCUAGGAGGGAUAAGAUUGAGUCGGCUCCUUUCACUAACGCGGCUAACCCUAACAAGUAUGCCUUCUGA